ACCUUCCACUGCGGAAAACACUAGAAAGGAUUUCUCAGGAAAAGGAUUUAAAAUUCAGAACUAAGUUAUUGAUGAAGGAUGACUACUCUCCUGUAAUGAUCCACUGAAGUCCACAGCAUGGUAAAAAGUGUUCUGGUAGCCUACGCCCUGUGGGCUGUGGGYGGACCUUUGGGCCUUCACCAUCUCUACUUAGGAAGAGACAGCCAUGCUCUGCUGUGGAUGCUUACUCUAGGAGGCUUUGGGUUUGGUUGGGUCAGAGAGGUCAUACGCAUUCCCGCUUAUGUGACUGAGGCCAACCAACAUGUUGAAGAAAAAGAAGAAAGAACUCACAACACGGGCCUCCCACCUGCCAGCCCGGUCAGAUUUGCUGGACAGGUGUGUGUCGGGAUCUACUUUGGCACCGUGGCUCUCAUCGGACUGAACUCCCUCAAUUACUUCUACCUGAUCGUCCUACCUCUAAGCGUGGGAGCAGGGGUACAUCUGGUGUCUAACGUCGGUCAGCAGACGUCAAAUCUCCAAAAGACGUUGACRGCUUGCCUCGUAACGUCACCAAUAUUCUAUGGCAGCACUCUGUCGCCUCUUCCCAUAAGCUUGGCUGCGAGUGUCACUGCUGUACAACACCGCAGGUUCAAGCCUCCUAGAGCACCUGGCAACCAACAGAAAUUAGGUCCCCGGCUUUAUCGGCUCAGUCUAGCCUGGUUGGCUUUCUCCGCUCCAUUAGGUUACUCCAUUUUCCACAACACCACAGCCACACUGUACUACCUGUCUGACUCAAUAGCAGCGCUGCUGGAUAUUUUCUGGUUUCUGCCCUGGCUCAGAGAUGUAUUAGAGUACAUCCUUCUAAUGCCAUACCGCAUCCUGUGUGCACUUACCGGGGGAGGGUACCAUGAAGAAGCAUGGAGGAAGGUCUUGGAAAUAUUGCUGAAAGAAUACACACACAGAGAAAAAGAGGCACUGCAGAUAUUGUCUCUGGAGACAGAAGCAUCUGUUGAAGAGAUAACUCGAAGCUACAGGGAACUGGCCAAAACGUGGCAUCCAGACCACAACCCCAGCAAAGAUGCUGAGCAAAUGUUCCUGAAGAUCCAGGAGGCUUACGAGGUCCUGCUGCGGUGGCACAAGCCCCGUCGCUUUAAAUAGUGGCCCUGCCUUUGUUGCUGCUGAUUGACUUGUGUUGGUCUUGAUUAGAGUUUGAUUUGAUUGUGGGGCCGUGAUGAAUUACAUGCACAGAAACCUGCACUGAGUUUUUUUUAUAAACAACUUCUUAACAACAGGGCACCUCCAGACAGGGUUCAAAGGGUUAACUUGAUGGGGCCCACUGUUUAUUUUGGGUUAUUUGUCCUCUAUUAUGUUCAUAUUUCCAAUAGAAAUAUUGUGUAUUAAGGUAAUACAUAAUACCAGCUGCUUUGUGUGCCAAUGUCUUCAACAGUAGUUCCUUAGCUCUCCAAGUAUGUGCUAAAAAUGUCUCUCAGCYACUACCACACCAAAUUUAUAUGCAUCUGUAAAACUGACCAAAUUAUAGCUUUUCUUUUGUUUCAGUUGCCAUCUUCGAUUGGAUUAACUCCAAAAAUGAACCAGCUGUAGAUGUACA